AUGGGAGUUGGGCUCAAUAUAUUGAUUGUGGGGUGUUUUGUCAUUGGCCUGGCUAUGGCAGAGCCUCAAGUCCCAUGCUACUUCAUAUUUGGGGACUCUUUAGUGGACAAUGGCAACAACAAUGGCAUGCAAUCCUUGGCCAAGGCUAACUACAUGCCUUACGGGAUCGAUUUUUCCGGUGGUCCCACCGGGAGAUUCUCCAACGGCAAAACCACCGUCGACGUAAUUGCUGAGCUACUAGGGUUUGAAGGCAACAUCCCACCGCACGCCACAACUAGCGGACAACAAAUACUGCAAGGCUUGAACUACGCAUCGGCCGCUGCCGGAAUAAGACCGGAAACCGGCCGGCAAUUGGGCGGAAGAAUCGACUUCACGGGACAGGUGAAUAACCACAUGAGCACGGUCGAAAAAAUUUCGAGCAUGCUCGGGGACAAAGGCUCGGCCGCGAACCUUCUCGGAAAAUGCAUCUACUCGAUCAUAAUCGGAAGCAACGAUUACUUAAACAACUACUUCAUGCCGGCUUUCUACUCGACCGGCAGCCGAUAUACGCCGGAGGAAUAUGCCGGCGAUCUCAUUCAACGCUAUGCCGAGCAGCUGAGGGGCCAAGAACAAGUGCCUAAUUGUUUGUUUUUCAUGGGGGACUCGUUGACCGAUAAUGGCAACAACAAUAAUCUCAUUACAUUGGCCAAAGCUAACUACUUACCUAACGGGAUUGAUUUUUCCGGCGGCCCCUCCGGCAGGUUCAGCAAUGGUCGGAUUACACCGGAUUUCUUAGCUGAAUUUCUUGGAUUUGACAAAUCUCCUCCGCCAUUUUCAACUGCAAAUGGACCUCAGAUUCUCAAAGGGGUAAAUUAUGCAUCGGGAGCUUCUGGAAUUCUUGACGAGACUGCAAUAAUAGUGGGAGAUCGUAUCAGCUUGAAUAGGCAGCUUUUCAAUCACGGCCUCACGGUUUCCAAAAUUGCACUUUUAAUUGGAAACGCGACUUUAGCAAGAGAACAUCUUAAGACGUGCUUGUACUUUGUCAAUAUGGGAAGUAACGAUUACCUGCUCAACUAUUUGCAACCACAAGUUUCGCUAAGUAGCACUUUUUACACACCACAACAAUUUGGGGAGAAAUUGAUCAAUCAAUACUCUCAACAACUCAGAAAAUUGUACAACUAUGGAGCCAGGAAAGUAGUGGUUUUUGGGCUGGGCAUGCUAGGCUGUACACCUGGAAUGUUGGCUAGAAGCCCAAAUGUUAAUGGGUCAUCGUGCAAAUACUCCAACAUUACAAAAGUUGUAGAGCCCUUCAAUAAUAGAUUGAAACCACUUGUGGACACACUCAAUAACAACUUACAAGAGGCCCAAAACGAGUACACAUUUUGGGACAAUUACCAUCCAUCCGAAGUUUUUACUCGGGCGGCGGUUGCUAGGGCAUAUGAGGCGGCCUCACCGAACGAUGCUUACCCAUGUGAUAUUCGUCGUUUAGCUCAACAAUGA